UAUGAAUAUAAAGAUCAUAUUAAUGGUAUAUAGUACUUGUUCAUUAGUGUAGUCGACAUAUAUACCAAUUUCAAAAGUAAAAAUAAAGAGAUGGCAUCGCCUGUCCGAGGAAAUAUCUCGGCAAGGUAUAUUGAAAAUCUUGAACUUCAAUCAACUACUCCGACUCGACUUCCCUUAACACCUACUUUAAAGCAUAAUCUGAAUCAAGAUCUUGAUAAAUUAGCAAGAGAACUUGAUAUUACUCCUAGUUAUUCUAAAUCAAGUUCUUUAAAGGCAAAAUUUGAAUCACCAUCGGCCACAGUUAAUUCAUUUAAAACUAAUUCUUCAAAUAAUACUAGAAAUGGUUCACCUAUAGGGAAACUUGAAAGAAUUACUACCACCACCCAAAAUAAUGAUGAUGAACAGCAACCAAGAUGGGCAGCAGGAAAUGGGUAUAAAGAUAUUCUUAAUAAAUUACCGGGUCGUACUUCAUCAACCAAAUUAACUCCAUUAAAGCAACUGAUGGAUACACCUCUGAAAUCUAAACCAAGUCCAUUCCUUUCAUCUCCAAGUAAUAGUACUUCAACUGAUUCACCAGGUUAUGAAUAUUUAUGUAGAAUUCAAGGUAUUAAAGAUUGGUUACAAAUUAUAUUACAUGAAGAAAUUAUUCAAGAACCAGCGGAAUUAAUUACAUAUAUUAGAAAUGGAAUUCAUUUAGCUAAAUUAACUAAUGCAAUAUUACCCAAUAAAAAGUCAGUAUUUAUGAAUGAUUCAAGACUUCAAUUUAAACAUACUGAAAAUAUUAAUAGAUUUUUUCAAUUACUUGAUUAUUUAAAUGUACCUGAUUUAUUUAGAUUUGAAUUAACUGAUUUAUAUGAUGCUAAAAAUGUCCCUAAAGUAUUCUUUUGUUUACAUGCUAUGGGUCAUAUACUUCAUAAAUCAGAUUCAGAUUUCCCUGUCAUUAAAAAUUUAGUUCAUAAACUUACAUUUUCUAGUGAAGAUAUUAGAACUGCUAAUAGAUCAUUAGUUGGAUCAGGUUUACCUAAUUUUGAAGGUGCAAGUGCUGGUCAUGAUGAUGAUCAAAAUAGUUAUAUGAAUAAACUUAUUACCAAAUCACCAGUCAAAGCCAAUAAAGAAAUUGUUCAUGCAACUAAAAAGAAAAUCAGUUCAUCAUCUGAUCCAUUCAUAUCAGAAGAUAAGAAAUCAUCAAGAGAAAUCAAAUCUACAUUUCAAACUAAAUUAGAAAAGAAAGAAGUAUCAUAUAAACUUGAUGAUUGCUUUAAUCCAGAACUUGCCAAAUAUGUAACUCAUAUUAUAAAACUUCAAUCAUUAUCUAGAGGAGCCAAUUUUAGAUAUCGUAUGUUUGUUAAUAAGAUUAUGAUCAAAUCUUAUUCUGAUGAAUUAACUCAUUUUCAAUCUAUAAUAAGAGGUAAUUUAUCUCGAUUAAAAUCCAUUCAUGUUCAUCGUGAUGAAAUCAUUCUAUAUAAAUAUGAUAUUAUUGAAUUACAAUCCAUUGCAAGACAAAGAUUAUUAAAUCAAAGUAAACCUAAUGCUUCAUCAUCCUGUGAUCAAUUGGUACAACUUCAAAGUAUAAUUCGUCGUAUUCUCUUACAAAGAAAUAAAUCUAAAAAUUGGAAAACUUUACAAGAUGAUAGUGAAAGUAUACUUAAAUUACAAUCUAUGUUUAGAAGAAAAGUUCACUAUCAAAGAGCCCAAAUUAUUCUUAAGAAUAAAGAUACUUUAGAAUCAAAUAUGAUUGAAUUCCAAUCAAUUUGUCGAGCUUAUAUAUAUAAAAGAAGAUCUACCAUGGAUAAUGUUGAUAUAGAAAAGAUAAUUGAAUUUCAAUCUAUUAUUCGUGGUAAUAAAGUGACUAAUAAAAUGGAUAAAAUUAGAGCUACUAUGACAUUACAUAGUCGAUCAAUUAAAGAAUUACAAGCAAUUGGUAGAGGAGCAAUUUUAAGAACAAGGUUAUGUAAUACAGUACUUGUAUCAUUACUUGAAGAUCAAAGUUUUGAUUUAAUUUAUGCUAAAAUUAGAGGAAAUAAAGUUAGAAAAGAAUUUCAUAGAAAGAAAGAUACUUUAGAAAUCCUCUCUAAUAAGUCAAUUAUACCAUUACAAAGUAGAGUUAGAGGAGUAUUAUCUAGAUUUAAAAAUGAAAUAAUUAUUGAUGAUUUAUACUAUGAAAUCCAAAAUAUUAUUGAAUUUCAAUCUAUAAUUAGAGGAAGAUUUGCUAGACUUGAUAGACAAUCAACUUAUAGAUAUUAUAAUGAUAAUAAAAUUAAAGUUAUAAAGGCUCAAUCAGUUAUUAGACAAGCUUUAAUUCGAAAGGCUUAUAAAUCAUUAAUAUCUAAUAGAAAUCCUCCAUUAUCUGCCAUUAGAAAAUUUGCUUAUUUACUUUCAGAAAAUGAAAUUGAUUUUGAAGAAGAAAUGAAUCUUUCAGAAAUGAGAGACACUAUUGUUGAAAAGGCCAAAAUUAAUGAAGAAUUAGAAAAUCAAAUUGAAAAUCUUGAUAUUAAACUUGGAUUAUUAGAUAAGAAUAAAAUAACUUUAGAAGAUUUUAUUAAGAAUAAGAAAAGAUAUAAAUCUCCUAAAGUUCCUCCUCAUUCAACUACUACUACUACUACUUCUACUAAUAGAAGUUUUGAAAAAUUAAAUAAAUCUUCUCGUGAAAGAAUUGAAUUAUACCAAACAUUAUUUUAUUUUCUUCAAACUAAACCAGUCUAUCUUAUUCGAUUAUAUAAUUCAAUUGCUCCUGGUCAACUUCGUAAAGAUGUUGAAGAUCUUAUAUGUCUGAUCUUCCCCAUAACAAAUUCAUCAAUUACUCAUCAUUCAAGAGAAGAAUUUUAUUUUAUUAAAUUAUUAAUUGGAUUUAUGGAAAAUGAUAUUGAAACUCAUUCUCAAAAUAUUAGUGAUAUAACUAAAAUUCAAUCAUGUUCUUGGAUUGAUUUCUUUUUACAUUUUAAUACUCAUACUUAUCAAAGACAACAUUUAAAAAGUUUAAUUGGUAAAUUAGUAUUUAAAAUAAUUGAAAAUGAUGAAAUUGAUUUUGAAUCUGAUCCUUCUAUAAUUUAUGAAGCUAUUAUUGAUAAAGAAAUUAGAAUUUAUGGUUCUAGUGAUAAUCCUAGAAAUAUUAGUGCCCAAGCUGCUAUUAAGAAGGAAGCAGUUUCAAAUCAAUUUGUGAGUAAUUUAGUUGCUCUAAGAGAAACUGUAACUGAAUUACUUGUAAUAUUACAAAAGUCAAUGGAUAAGAUACCUCUUCAUGUAAAAGUUAUAUGUCAUCAUGCUUAUAAAUUAUCUCAAUUACAUUAUCCUGAUAAGAAUGAUCAACAACAUUUAGCAGUAGCAGGAGUAAUCUUUAUGAAACAUUAUAUUGCAUCAAUUUUACAAUAUCCUGAAAAUUUUGGUUUACUAAAUGGAUUUGAUGAUAAUGAUAAUGAUAAUGAUAAAUUAAAGCCAAGAGCUAAUUUAAAACAUUUAAGUCGAGUUAUGUUACAAGUAUUUUCUAUGAAACCAUUUUCAGAUAAUUUCCUUAAACCUUUAAAUGAUUUCUUACAAGGUACAGUUGAUACCAGUAAACAAAUAAUUAGUAAAUUAAUUAAUGUUAAAGAUAUUGAAAGUUCAUAUGAAUUUAAUGAUUAUGAUGAUAUUGUUAAUCCAGAAAGACCAAGAUUAACUAUGACAGUAAGUAAUACACUUCAAUUAGAAAAAUUACUUAAUCAAAAUAUGGAAAGUGUAGCUCCAAGUUCUGAUGAUCAACUUUAUCAAGUAUUAUCUAAAUUAUACGAAGUGGUUGGAUCAUCAGAUGAAUUUAUUAAAUUAACUGAAAUUGGAACUUUAACAUUUAUGUUAAAUCCUACAACUUUAGAAGAAUCCUUAGCAGAUUCAAAAUCAAAAUCUUUAUUUACUCAAGCUAAAAGAGCUAUUUUAUAUAUAGCAAGAGUUCAAGAAGGUGAUAAUUUAUUAGAAGUUUUAGUAUCAGGGAUUUCUAAAGUUCAUGAAUCAAAAUUUAGAGAUAUUGUUAGUAUUGAAAAGAAAGAAUCAGAACAAUCUAAGAUUAAUGAUAAAAAGAGACCUUACUAUAAAACUUCAUUAGGUGAUCUUACAUCUAUAAGUUAUCAUGAUCUUAAACGAUUAGCUCUUGAAAUAAUUAUUAAAUUAGAAAUGAUGGGAGAAUUAACUAGAAAGAAUUCAUAUCAAGAUCUCUUGAAUAUGAUAGCCAUUGAUAUUAGAACAAAAGAUAGUCAACGGAUUUUAAGAAAACAACAAUUAGAAAUCUCAAUGAAGACUGUUACCAAACUUUCUAAGAAAGAAACAUUCCUUAGAAAACAAUUAAAAGAAUAUAAUAGUCAUAUAGAAUCUAUUCUUGGACAAUUACAACUGAAACCAAAGGAUAAGAAAUUAUUUAAUAUUAUUCCUAUUUUUAGUAAACAGUACUUCUAUCAUAGAGAAUUAAGAAAGAAUAAUAGACUACCAAAAUUUGGUUCAUAUAAAUAUUCAGCUAAGAAACUUUUAGAUCAAAAAGUAUUAGUUGAUUUUGGAGGUUUAAUGAAUAAAGCCUAUUCAUCUUCAUCUAAAUUAGAUUUUAUGUUUAGUUGUCAUCAUGUUGGUAAAUUCACUAUAGAAGCUGCUAAUGGAUCAGUUAAUAUUCCAGGAGCUACUGAAGUUAUUACUUUAGAUGAUUUAUUAUAUCUUCAAUAUGAGAAUGAAGAUAAAGUUCAAAUUUUUAAUAAGAUGGUCAUUUUUAAUACUCAAAACUUUAUUGGUUUACUCUUUAGAAAAUUCUACGAUGUAAAAGAAUAA